CCUUGUUGACAUUUGUCUCCGGGCGCUGAAUCACAAUGCUUUUUUGCAAAGUUAUCGAUCAACGAUCUUCCACUCACAUGUUCAAUAGAUGCUGUUGCGAUGAGCAAAUUCGCCGUUCUUUUCUGAAUUCUUUGAAUAUUCGAUUUUCUAAAUGUACACAUACAUUAGCAGUGACGAGAUGUCAACGUUCACUAGCCUACGUGAACAGCUGGAACAAUCCGAUAAUGUAUUUCUAAAAAUUCCACAUAUAUUCAAACCAUUUCAAGCAUUAAAUGCCAUCAUUCUCGCUAUUUGUGUUGGAUCAACAGCUGGCGAUGAAAAUGGCGUGUUGUGGUUCGUCAUUCUCACUUCUUUAUUGAUCUCAAUCGCUGCUACGAUACUCUUAGCUUUGGGACUGCAAGACUCUUUGAUGGAUAGUUUGACUAAUUCGUCAGUGACAUGGAAUGUCGUAGAGAUGGUUUAUUCUUUCGUAUAUGCAGUUCUAAGUAUUAUUUGUGUAUGGCUAUCAUUUGGGUAUGCAAAUCGACAUCUUGGAGGCACAUCAGCCGGUUAUAUCGCAGCUGGGCUUUUCUCAAUCGUCCACGCUGCUCUCUAUGGAAUCCCGUGCGCAAUGAUUUACGACUCCAUACAAAAGAACGGUCUAGAUAAUCGCGAACAAGGAUUUGCUGUACAACCUGCUCAUGCAUUCAACGAUGCUCCUUACCAAGAUCUUUGAACUGUGCAUUCAUAUCAUAUUCCUCAGGACGAGAGCGAUAUUGGAAACAUAAAUAUUGAGACA